AUGGAUUUACCGCAGCCACCUAAUGAUGUUGAAUUACGCAACAUUAUUGACAAACUAGCUCAGUUUGUAGCUAGAAAUGGACCAGAAUUUGAGCAAAUGACAAAAAAUAAACAAAAAGGAAAUCCGAAAUUCAGUUUUUUGUUUGGUGGAGAACAUUUUAAUUAUUAUCAGUAUAAAGUAACUACAGAGCAGGCGAUAUUAAAAGCUAAAGCUGCAAGAGAAAGCAUUCAGCAAAUGUCUACUCAACCUCCAUUACCAGGUGCAGCUAAUAAUCAACCUGGAUUAGCACUGAUAGGAUCUCAAACUUCUUUUGCUGGUCAAGGCUUAAAUAAUAGUGCAACACCAAGUAACCCUACUCCAUUGCAGAUUAUUAAUGCUGCAGCAUCUGCAACUCAGUGGUUAGUUAAUCAUCAGCAACAGGCAGCAGUUUCUAAUAGUGGGCAAUUGACUUUAAACAGUAUAAUAGAACAACAAAGUGCAUUAAAUCAACAAAUUACUCAAAGUGAACAGAAUUUGGCUGCCCAACAUGCAGUUUUAUUGCAAAAUCAACAAGCUCAAAUUGAAGAAGCUAUUAGAAAAACCCAAGCUGAAUCUUUGUCUAAAAGAGCGGCAGACCAUAAUGUCAACUUACAAGAUUUUGAUGCUAUAUUACAACCUAUUAUUGAUUCAUGUACAAAAGACUCAAUUUCAUCAGGGAAAGCUUGGAUACUUAGUAAAAACACUCCUGAAGCUCAUCAGAUAGUUUCUCAAUAUUUACUCAGUAAAGUCAUCGCUCCUGGGGCUCCAUUUUCACAAAAAUUGCACAUAAUUUAUUUAAUUAAUGAUGUGAUGCAUCAUUGUGUGAGAAAAAAUGCAGAGGGCUUGAAAAAAUCUUUAGAAGAAGUAGUUGUUCCUAUGUUUUGCAGUUCAUCCGUAAGCAUAACUGAGGAACAUAAAGCCAAAUUAAACAAACUCAUUAAUUUAUGGGAAGUUAAAAAUAAUUAUUUUAGUAAAGAAAUUAUUGCAAAAUUGAAAACGCCGGAAAAAAGUUGGGCUGAGUACCAGGCCAAUUUGAUUUCUCAAAAUGUCAACAUUGUAAACUCGGUAACUUUAGCCACAAAAGCAUCAUUUGAAAAUUACCAAUCUCAACAUCAAGCAUUCGUAAAUCAUGCUUUACAGCAAAUUCAAAAUCUCGAAUCGCAGAAAAUACAGUUUGAACAAAACAACGAAGUUCAAAAUCAAUUUCAAGUUCAACAAAAUUCUUUAAAUCAAGUUUCUAUGAUGCCAAAUGUUAUGGAUCAUAAUCUUUCUAAUCAACCUCCAGUUAUGUCACAACCACCUCCUAAUCUACAAGAUUCUCAAUCACUAAGCAGCGAGGUUAAUAUUCCAAUGAAAUUUGAUGCACCGCCUCCUCUUUUAAUUCCCAAUAGAAUCCCUCUUCCUAUUGAUAAUGUUAAUUUUAGUCAACCUCCUCCAACUAUGUUUCAACAUCUACCUCCAGAUUUAAUACCAGAUUUUAGUAAACCUCCGCCCGGAUUUCCCACUAAAGAAAAUGUUAUGGAUGAUUUAAUUCCGUCAGUUCCUUAUUUUGAAUUGCCAGCAGGACUUAUGGUUCCAUUGAUUAAAUUAGACGAUUCUAAUUAUAAACCCAUUGAUCCUGAUAAAAUUAGACUGCCACCUGCUGUACCGCCAAGUGAAAGACUUAUUCAAGCUGUUGAAGCAUUUUAUCAGAGAAACAAUUCCAACACGAGGGAAAGACUUAUUUUAGAUGCUGAUGGCUGGGAAAAAUUAGGUUUAUACGAAUAUUACAAGGCAAAAAAUGCAGCGAAAAAGAAAAAAGAGGAAGAAAUUCAAGAUGGUUUAAGGGAAAAAUCACGGAGUCCCACGCCGAUAAAACGAGAAAAAUCUAGGAGCAGAUCACCGAAAAAGAAACGAUAUAGAAGUAAGAGUAGAAGUAAAUCAAGAGAAAGAGAAAAAGAUAGGGAAAGGGAUAGGUCAAAGUCAAGUUCUCGUUCUCCAGUUAGACAUCAUAGAAGCUCAAAUGGUAAAAAAUCACCUAGAAGAUCUGCAUCGAGUAGGUCUUAUAAAAGAUCCAGAUCAAGGUCUAGAUCAAUAAGUCCACCUUCGAGAAAUAGAAGUCCUACGCCUCCUAGUUUUUCUGGUUCUAAUUAUGGUAAACCUCUUGAACAACAUCUUGACGAAUCGAACAAAGGACAUCAAAUGCUUAAGAAAAUGGGAUGGAGUGGAGCGGGUCUUGGUUCCAAGGAACAGGGUAUCGAAGCUCCAAUAGCAGGAGGAGAAGUCAGAGAUAAAGUUGAUCAGUAUAAAGGAGUGGGAGUCAAUCUUCACGACCCGUAUGAAAAUUUUAGAAAAAGUAAAGGACAAGCAUUUAUUACCAGAAUGAAAGCUCGAGCAGAAGAAAGAAUGUCUUCAUCUUAA